AUGAGCUCGCCAUCAAUUGCCAUACCGCCCUCGCCAUCAGACAGGACCCCCAAUCCCGUGAGGAGUCCAGACGACAGCGACAACGAACAUGAAGCUACUUCCAACAAGAACAGUCGCGCUAGUAGGAAUAGAAAUACCAGCUGGAGUCAAUCAAUAAGCAGAUCAUGGAGUGUCAUUUUUCAAGGUGGUGGAAGAUUACAUGAUUCUGAUGACGACGAGAACGAUAAUAACGGAACUGAUGGUCAACCACGAGAUUCUGAUGACGAUGAUGACGAUGGUCAGCCAAGAUCUCAUCUCAAUGGAGCCUCACAUCGUAACCAUGCAGAUAUAACGAUACAUGAUGACACGGAACGAACGCCGCUGAUACCUAAAUUAUCACAACCUAAAAAGUCGAGCUUCUCACAAUCAUUGUUCAACUCGGUGAAUUUGCUUGCUGGAAUGGGAGUUCUGACUCUGCCCUACACUUUCAAGUUGACUGGUUGGCUUGUCGGCACAGGACUGCUGAUCACCUUCGCCGCAACUACUUCUCAUACCGCUGUGCUACUCGCCAAGUGUCUGGACCAUCCGAAAGUCAAAGGCCCUGGUGGGUUAAUAGGGUUGACGUAUGGAGACGUAGGAGAAGCUGCUUUUGGUCUCAAUGGUCGAAGGUUUAUAUCUGCAGUAUUCGUGUGCCAGAUGAUGGCAGCGUGUGUUGCAUAUUGCAUAUUGAUAGGGGACUCUAUACAUGCACUAUUCCCUCAAUUCCAACUUACCUAUAUAAAGCUAGUCACAUUUUUGGUUCUGACACCCACGACUUGGCCCAAAUCGAUGCAGCUUUUGUCGUAUACCUCAUUUAUAGGAAUAAUCGCAUUACUCAACAUGAUUGCCAUUAUUUUGUUUGACGGACUGACGACUCAUACUUCUCCUGGAUCGAUAUUAGUCCCAGAAACUACGAGUCUGUUACCGCCCAAUAUAAACGUAUUGCCAAUGGCUAUAGGCUUGACAAUGGUUGGAUUGGACGGGCACGCAGUCUUCCCGUCGCUGUAUCGAGACUUGGGGAAGCCGAAACGAUUUAGUUGGAUUGUCACAAUAACGUAUAUAAUAGUGCUCGGAAUCUACAUAGUAAUAGCAGGGUCUGGAUACCUCAUGUUUGGAGAAAAUUGUAAGAACGAAAUCACCCAGAAUCUCCCAACUGUACCAUCAUUUAAUCCUCAGUUAACCCAAAUGACUGUGUGGCUAGUCGCAAUCAACCCGAUGACCAAGUAUCCGUUGCUAUUGAGCCCAGUAAAUACGCAGAUUGAGAACACACUCCACACAACGUUUGUAAGUGCGUAUCAGCAUCAAGGGAUUGUCAGGAUCAUAUCACGGUCUAUCGUGUCUCUCCUCGUGGUUGUAAUAGCUAUAUACUAUCCUGGGUUCACGAACGUUAUGGCUCUGCUCGGAUCUGGAUUUUCCUUCACUGUGGCGGUGGUCUUUCCACUCCUCUGCUUCUUGAAGCUCUACGGUGAUGAGAUAUCGUUAGUCAGGAGGUUGUUUUAUAAGUUGGUUAUUGUAUUAGGGGCAGCGUUGGGAUUAUUGGGGACUGUAUAUAGCUUUUUGCCUACUCCUCAUAGUGAUCUUUAG